CAAGCUGGCUUGAACGCAACCCGAAUGGACACCGUAACCUGACAGAUGCCUGACCCGGAAUAACUCAAUCCCGUCCCACCUCAUCUCGACGCCAACCAACUCGGCUCCGGAGACUUCUGUUAGGUGUUUUUCAUUUUCUUUGGACAAGAGCUGGAGAAGCAAUACACGAAUAUUUACGAAAGCUCGAUCCUCGCAGUUCCUUCUUCAUCUGCUUGUCGAACCUUACUUAUUUCACCACAGUUCACAGCAAAGCGACGAUCUCGACUCCGCUCUGCGCAUCUACGGCGCAUCCUAUCUUGGCGUCAUCUCAUGCACGCUCGUACCAUCCGUUACCCCCGCGACAUGCUGCUUACGCUAUGCGAACUGAGAAUUCGAUGAUUGUUUUCUUCUCGACCGCUACGAACCACGACUUGUUUCCCUGCCUGUCAUCAGGAAAGUUGAUUUCCUUGGCAAACGACGCCAGAGAUGAUGAGAACGCCCAUCAGGUUAUGAUAUUGUCCUUGUUCAGCCUCUUCAACCAAGGAUCAAGAACCAGGCCACAAGUUCACGCGAGCCAGCAAGCCACUUUCGUGACGGACAGCUCUGGCAUCACAAGCUAUCUAUGCAGGUGCUGGGAACAGGGCACGUCGGAUUUCUUUCUUCGAGACGGAUACUUGCAUUGGCUUCUUCGUCUCCGACCUCGAAUUGGACGAUAUUCACCAAGCUACUGCUGUGCAACCUGGACCAGCUGUCAGACCUACUGCACACCAGACCCCAAACCACAACCCGUAAGUCCCAGACUUCCUCUUCCAGAAGGGGACUCAUCACCAAACUACUCUCAGACAAUGUUUGCUACCACCCUGCCGCCGGUCAACGGGGACACCAGCUGCCCGGUCUGUGGAAACGCCGUCAGCUCGAGCAUUCUCGGAAGACCCCCGGAGGUCUCAGCACACAGCUUCACGCAAGUGACGUACAAAUCAGAAGCGUAGUCACUCGAGUGCACCCAAUUUACCCUUCAAGGAUUGGCUGCAACAGGCUUGUUUGCUCAUCUUAGGGCAUCCUGGCAUCCACACCAUGGUUCUCGGUCCCGGUGGCUUGUCCACGAUCUUCCCAAACGCCAACCGCAACGGGCCGGCGGACAGGGCUGUCACCGGGUAUGCUAUACGAUGGUUCCGAGUGCGAGCCUUAUGUACCAAAGCAG